AGAGCCCAAGUUAAAAGGAUACUGUAAAAAUUGAAGGGUUUGUGAGUGUGGUGUAGUAACUAGUAACGACGGCGUGCAUUAGCUCCGUUGUCGCAAGGAUUGACGGCUACAACGAUAGUAGACGGCGCAUGUACUAAGCGACACAGCACAGAGGAACAACACCGUCGCAUUCACAGCUUCCAAGGUCUCUGUGAAGCUUCUCUUCUUCCAUUUUCAUUUCAAGUUCACGCGUUGGAGAACCCGCCGACAUUGGUUGUUUUUGUUGUCCUUUAAUGAAUGGUUUGUUCGGAUUAGAUUACCAAACUAGUCAAUUGGGGACAUUUUCUUACCACGCAUGUCAUAGGCCUUAUAAAUGCAUCUACACCAAUGUUACUGAAUUUCCUUUUCUCAAUUCAUUGAUUUCCCCGUGUGAUAUGAUUGGUGGGGUUGGUUGUUUUAGUUAGAAUUUGAUGUUUUGGAAGGUAGUGGUUACUUGGGUGCCUAUUUUUACUUCUAAAGGUUGAAGCUUUGGAUGAGAUUUUCUACUAAGGUUAAUGGGUAUUCAAGAUCUUUAGUUGAUAGCUCCCAGAAUUUUUAUUUGUAUUUGGCUGUGUCAUUUAGAUCAAAGAUGUAUGGAACCGGUGAAGCUAUGUCUAACAAUGCAUGUUCAAAUGGUUCUAUCCAAAAUGUAAACGGUAGUUUGGAAGAGAAGCUUGAUGAGCUUCGUCAGUUAAUGCGGAAAGUGGAUGGUGAUCCAUUGAGAAUAGUGGGUGUUGGAGCUGGGGCUUGGGGUAGUGUGUUCACAGCUAUGUUACAGGAGGCUUAUGGUAGUUUAAGAGAAAAGGUUCUGAUUAGGAUAUGGAGAAGACCCGGAAGAACAGUUGACAGGGCCACGGCUAAGCACUUGUUUGAGGUGAUCAAUUCCAGGGAGGAUGUGCUGAGGAGGCUGAUUAGGCGGUGUGCAUAUUUGAAAUAUGUCGAGGGAAGGUUAGGUGAUCGUGUCCUUUAUGCAGAUGAGAUUUUGAAAGAUGGGUUUUGCUUGAACAUGAUUGAUACACCUUUGUGUCCUCUCAAGGUUGUGACAAACUUGCAGGAGGCUGUUUGGGAUGCUGACAUUGUGAUUAAUGGUUUGCCAUCCACAGAAACCCGUGAGGUAUUUGAAGAAAUUAGCAAGUACUGGAAAGAGAGAAUCACAGUUCCUGUCAUUAUUUCCUUGGCAAAGGGUGUAGAGGCUGAAUUGGGUCCUGAACCACGAAUAAUAACUCCAACUCUGAUGAUCAAUCGAGCAACUGGAGUCCCCAUUGAGAACAUCCUUUAUCUUGGAGGUCCUAACAUUGCCUCAGAAAUUUACAACAAGGAAUAUGCAAAUGCUCGGAUCUGUGGGGCAGAAAAGUGGAGGAAACCACUGGCGAAGUUUUUGAGGCAGCCCCACUUUAUAGUGUGGGAUAAUGGUGACCUUGUUACUCAUGAAGUUAUGGGUGGAUUAAAGAAUGUAUACGCUAUUGGAGCAGGAAUGGUAGCUGCUUUAACAAAUGAGAGUGCCACCAGCAAAUCAGUGUACUUUGCUCACUGUACGUCGGAGAUGAUUUUUAUCACUCAUCUAUUGGCAGAAGAACCAGAGAGACUUGCAGGGCCUCUCUUGGCUGAUACGUACGUAACCUUGUUGAAAGGUCGAAAUGCGUGGUAUGGACAAAAGUUGGCCAAAGGAGAAUUGAGCCUUGAAAUGGGUGACAGCAUCAAGGGAAAGGGGAUGAUUCAGGGAGUCUCUGCAGUUAAAGCAUUCUAUGAGCUACUUAGUCAGUCCAGCUUAAAUGUCCUAAAUCCUGACGAAAACAAGCACGUUGCCCCAGUGGAGCUUUGCCCCAUCUUGAAGAUGUUAUAUAAAAUACUAAUAAUUAGGGAAUCUCCAGUACAGGCCAUUCUUCAAGCAUUGCGAGAUGAGACCAUGAAUGAUCCUCGUGACCGUAUUGAGAUUGCCCAGAGCCAUGUGUUUUACAGGCCAUCUCUUCUUGGUCACAGGCCUUAGAAUCUUAAGUAUGUUUGUUCUGCUCCUUUUUUACAAUCCAAUAUGGAGUCAACAAAGUAAAGUUGUGUCAGGAUUUGAAUGAUGAACUGUGGUGUUCUGGUAACAAUUUCUUAAAUGUUGGCAAUCCACUAGCAUUUUCAUCAUAAGUGACCCUUGUUAUAGUUAGAAAGCAGGUGGGUUUUUAAUUAAGGAAGGCUUUUGAGAAGGCGUUUUAUUGUAUCUUAUAAAUUAUUAACAUUACUUCAUUAAUUUUUCCCUUCUAUAAAUAGUAAGUACCUAAAUGCCAUUCACU